AUACCACCGGCGCCGCCGCCGCCGCCGUUGCAUUUUAGAUCGGUGUAAAUUAUUGUUAUUUUUCUAUGGAUGUUUUUAUUUCUCGUUCGUGGGGUGGGAAGAACAGGUUGUGGUACGCAGCAGAAAAGAGGAGUGGCAGAUGCAUGCGAGUAAUUCAAGUGUGACACGAAAUCACUAUUCAGUGUUCACAACUUUAAUAAACACUUACAGUCGCACACGUGCGUACACUCGGACUGCCAUCGUCUCGUUAACAUGUGUCUGUGUAGUGUUCGACGUCCGUCGUACGAGUGAAAUCCAACGUCUAAUGCUGCAGUAAUAUCGUUAUACCUUAUACGAGAAAUUCCGAGCAGAGCGAUCGUGUUUGUUGGUUCUACGAUGAUUUGGACUUUUUUUAUAGGGUUUCUCGGAACCAUAUUUUGUAGCAGUAAUAAGGCUCAACGUUUCAUUAUGCAGUACCGUCUCUAUAUUGAAUAUUAGAUUGGAAAUUGAAUUAGGUAUACUUUGGAAAGCGGCUUUAAAAUGUCAGUCAAAAAAGUGCUCCGCAUUUUUAAUCCUCAUGCAGUCCACACGGUCAUUCUACUAACAUUAUGUUACUUCUUAGUGCAACUAGUUUUGAGUCAUGUGUCCCAUUCACUCACUUUGCUCGUCGACUCGUACCACGUGCUUUGCAAGCUAAUAUACUUUUUUGGAUCUGUACUGUGUAUUAAGCACGACGAUUAUGAAGAAGUGUGUUUAAACGAAGGUUGUGUGGAAAAAAUCCUCAACGCGGAGGAAGAUUCUCCUGAGUCCAACAUGACAGUAUCCAAGUCCGGUCAAAUAUCGUCUUCCAGUUGCGUACAUCAUCAUCCCGAGAAGAAGUUAAAGAACACAUUCGGAUGGGCGAGGAUCGAAGUGGUUUUAAUGCUCGGUGGUUGCGUGUUUUUGGCGUCCCUUAGUUUCUCCCUGGUGGUUGAAGCCAUUCAAACUCUCAUACACAUCGACCAUCAAGAUCCAAUGCAUCAUCCGAUAUCAGUAUUCAUUAUCGGUCUUGUUGGUAUACUCAUUCACGGACUGUGCUGUUUAUUACUAGGAGGCCCGGUUGUACAAAAUACAAGAGUUCCUGACGAAGAAAGCGCCAAUGCUCUUUUGAAUCCUGGUCAAUUGCUGAAGAAAAAAAUACAAACGAAAAACUGCUCUCCAAGAGAAAUAUGUCGAGAUUUAGUUGGUUGUACAAUGGUGAUGAUAUGUUCAAUCAUCGUAAUAUUCACAGACCCUUGCAUAGCAAAGUUUGUUGAUCCCGGAAUUUCAAUCAUAUCUGCAGCAAUAUUGCUCUACCUCAAAUAUCCAAAUAUGAAAGAAUCAUGCCUGAUUCUUCUCCAGACAAUGCCCGACCAUAUGAAUAUUGACGCCAUCUGCAAAAACCUGAUGAAAACAUUUCCAGACAUAGUAAAUGUACAUGAACUGCAUAUAUGGCAACUGACUGAAGAUAAAAUAAUAUCCACUGCACAUAUUAUGUUUCUUAACCCUCAAGAUUAUUUGAGAAUAAAUAAAGCGGUUGUUAACUUCUUCCACGAAAAUGGCAUUUUAGAAGUAACUAUUCAACCAGAGUUUUUUAAAGACGACCAGAAUAUACAAAUGGUACCAGAGUAUGGUAUGGGACAGUGUUUGGUUCAGUGCAAUAACAUCGAAUGCUUUGAUAGAAAUUGCUGUGAACCAGAUGAUAUUGAAUCAAUUCAACACUGUUAAGCUUCAAAAACAACUUCAUAGAGUUGAAACAAUUGUCUUGCUCACCAACAUUAAUCAUUAUUUGAUUAACCUUUACCAAUAUUCAAAAGUAAAUAUUUCAAAUUUGAUUACCUUAUAGGUACCUAUACCAUACGCAAAUGGGUUAUAUUGACCUUAUUAUUAUUAUAUUUUUUUUUCAAAUGGAAAAUACGUUCCUAUGUGUACUCAUAAUUGUGUGACUGUGAAUGUAUUUAUACUGAAUCGUUA